ACUGCAGUAUUUAUUUUUCUCAUCAUUGUUUCUUAUAUUUUUCCCGUUAAUUCCGGUGUUUUUGUUAUCAUAUCCACCCGUAAUUCUCGCUCCAAAUUUUAAACAAAAUGGAAACUUUUUUGUAAAAAAAAGUCAGAAAAUGAUCGAAAAAACAUUCCUUUGAUGGGUAUUUUUAUGUUUUACAUAUAAAUACUCAAACAAAAAAACCCAUUUCAAAAGUUUUCAUCUUGAGCUCUGUCUCAAUCUGUGCUCUAAAUUCUCACUUGACCCGACCCGUUUUUGUUUCUCGGGUCGAGAUGGGUUGUGUCAGCUCGAAGCAGGCGGUGUCUGUGACUCCGGCAUUUGAUAAUUCAGGGAGGUUUAAUUCGGGUCGGAUACGGGGCGGGUUGGAGAAUGAGAAGAGCAAUAGCAGCAAGAAUUUUUGUUAUGUUAACAAUGGGAAUGAUAGUGUUAAGAAGAAUGGAGAGGUGAGUUGCGGGAGUGAGUUGGGUGAGUCGGGAAGAGCGAGUUCGAACGGUGAAUCGGUUAGUUUUAGAUUAAGGAAUUUGCAGAAGUACAUUGAAUGUGAACACGUGGCAGCUGGUUGGCCUGCCUGGCUGAGUGCCGUUGCCGGUGAGGCUAUUCAGGGUUGGGUCCCUCUUAAAAUUGAUGCAUUUGAGAAAUUGGAGAAGAUAGGACAAGGUACAUAUAGCAGUGUGUUCCGAGCACGGGAGAAUGAAACCGGAAAGAUUGUUGCUUUGAAGAAGGUUCGAUUUGACAAUUUUGAGCCUGAAAGUGUCCGGUUUAUGGCAAGAGAGAUAUUAAUUCUCCGCAGGCUCGAUCAUCCCAAUGUCAUGAAAUUGGAAGGAUUGAUUACUUCUCGUUUAUCAUGUAGCAUUUACCUGGUUUUUGAGUACAUGGAGCAUGACAUUACUGGACUUUUAUCUUGCCCUGAUGUUAGGUUCACUGAGUCACAGAUUAAGUGCUACAUGAGACAAUUGCUCGCUGGACUUGAGCACUGUCAUUCAAAGGGUGUAAUGCAUCGGGACAUCAAAGGAUCAAAUCUUCUUGUAAAUAAUGAAGGAAUACUGAAGGUCGGAGAUUUUGGAUUGGCAAACUUCUGCCACAGUGGGCAGAGACAACCUUUAACCAGUCGUGUUGUGACUUUAUGGUACCGUCCUCCAGAACUUUUACUUGGUUCGACUGAAUAUGGAGCUUCUGUGGAUCUUUGGAGUGUCGGCUGUAUAUUUGCAGAGCUUCUCCUUGGGAAACCUAUCCUUCAAGGGAGAACAGAGGUUGAACAACUGCAUAAAAUUUUCAAGCUUUGUGGGACCCCACCUGAUGAUUAUUGGAAAAAAUCCAAACUCCCUCAUGCAACUUUAUUUAAACCGCAGCAACCAUAUGAUAGUUGUCUUCGUGAGACCUUUAAAGAUCUUCCAUCGACUGCUGUCAGCCUUAUAGAAACACUUCUCUCUGUAGAGCCAUACAAACGUGGCACUGCAGCCUCUGCUCUUACAUCUGAGUAUUUCACCACAAAACCACAUGCAUGUGAUCCAUCAAGCUUACCAAAAUACCCGCCUAACAAAGAGAUUGAUGCAAAACACCGUGAGGAGGCAAGGAGGAAAAAGACCAGUGGGAGAAGUCGUGGUGCUGACACAAGAAAGCCUACGAGAAAACAUGGUGGAGUCAGUAAACCGGUUCCAACAGAGUUUCUGUCUUUCCAGGAUACAGCAGCUCGGACGCAAGGUUCUCAAAAUAGUAUUACUAAUCAUGCACAUGUUCCUAAGGGAGUAUAUGUCAGGCCCGGCGGAGAUGCACGAAAAGCAUCACUUGACAAACUGGAAGAAGUUUUCCAUGUAAAGAAUGCAUCCCAAGGCGAUAUUCCCUUUUCUGGCCCGUUACAGGUCUCCAGUUCAAGUGGAUUUGCAUGGGCAAGAAGACGAAAGGAUGAUGCAACCGCAACUUCUCAUAGUAGGUCCAGUUCACGAAGCCUCGUGAAUAAUGGAUCUGAAUGCUCUGGUACAUUGCAAGAAAAGAAUAGUUUUGAUUCUAGACGGCAUGAAAAUGGGGAUGCCUUAUAUGGGAUGCGCACCAACUCUAGAGGCCACGAGUCCUAUGAGAUUUCCAAGCAUGCUUUGCAGAAGAAAUGGAGUCAACUCGAAAGGCCAGAUUCCUUUGAUGCUUCUGAGGGGUACCAUUCACAAGAAUUAUCACUAGCUCUUUAUCAAAAAGAGGAAAUGGGAGCAAGGAGAAAUAAUUUGGGUUUUCAAUAUCAAGGAGACAAGGUUGAUUUUUCUGGACCUUUGCUAUCUCAUCCACAUAGAGUAGAUGAACUGCUGGAAAGACACGAACGUCAUAUCCGCCAGACUAUUCGAAAGUCAUGGUUUCAAAGAGGCAAGAAACACGGAAAGUGAUCGUCCUCAGAUUUAUCAGCUUCUUUGAAUCCGUUUAAGACAGGUGCGUCUGUCUCUUCUUAAAGUGGGGAGUGAGGAAAUCUCCGACAAUUUUCUGAGCUACAAGACAUCGAGACACCUAGAAUGGUAGAGUGAUAUGAGCUCAUCAUUCCCACCAUUUACACGGACACGAUCAGCCAUGGAUGAUAUCCUGCACAAGGCUGGUGAUGAACGAAAGUUAAAUAGAAACAGCAAGUGGAGUGAGUAGUACAUAGCUAAAGCAAAUGAAGAGGUCCACAUGGAUUAAUCAUGUAUUUCUUUUGCUUCAGCAAGGCCACUAUUAUCAUAUUUGUACAGUAUAUAUAUGGUGAGUCAUAAUUUAUAGGACCUGUUGCAUCUAGGGGUAUGCAUUAUUCGGAUUCGGAUUCGGAUCGUUAGUGAAAAUAUUAAAAUUCAUCUGUUUUUGAAGAAA